GACAAUUCGCUAACCAUGCAAGUUCUACUCGUCUUUCUAUCUGUGGCAUUUGCCCUUUCACUUGGAGCUAAGCUUCCGCUUGAUGGAACUCAAAAUUUUAAUAUCCACCAACGCAUCUUCGGAGGAAAAGAUGCCCAUAAAGGACAAUUCCCAUACAUUGUUUCGAUGCACAUACGUAGAGCUAAUGAAAGUUAUAUAUGUGGUGGAUCCAUCAUUGAUCAUACCUGGAUUUUGACUGCCGCUCAUUGCAUUCACAACGCCGAUUGGGUUAAAAUCUUCUAUGGUUCAACGACACUUUGGAAUAGUGAAUUAAGCCAUGUGGUCUAUUCGGAUAACAUUAUUGAGCACGAGAAUUAUGAUAAUGGAACUCACGUAAAUGAUAUUGCCCUCAUUCGCACACCUCGUGUGGAGUACUCGGAGCUGAUUAAUAAAGUAUCGCUUGCCGAUCGUGGUAAUGACUACGAAGGAGCGUGGGCCGUAGCCAGUGGAUGGGGCGAAAUUGCACAUAAUUCAAUUUCAAAGAGUCUACAGUUUGUCGGCUUGCAGAUUGACCGAAAGAGUUCGAACACCAUUAUACGUAGCACAACCUGGGAUGGCACAUCCUGUGGCCGUGGUGACUCUGGUGGUCCCUUGGUCACUCAAGAUGAUCCUAAACUUAUUGGUAUUACCUCAACUGGCAUAGGAGGUUAUUUAACUAACUUUUGUCGAGUAAGCGCUUAUCUGGACUGGAUUCGUAGUCACACUGGCCUAGAAUAUAAGGCAAGAGUUCGUGAGCCAAAGACAUACAAUUCGCUAACCAUGCAAGUUCUACUCGUCGUUCUAUCUGUGACAUGUGCCCUGUCACAUGGAGCUAAGCUUCCGCUCGGUGGAACCCAAAAUUUCGAUAUCCAGCAACGCAUCCAAAAGGGAAAAGAUGCCCAUAAAGGACAAUUCCCAUACAUUGUUUCGUUGGCCAUCAGUAAGAAGAAUAGAAUAACUGAAUGUGGUGGCUCCAUCAUUGAUAACAACUGGAUUUUGACUGCCGCUCAUUGCACACACAACGCCGAUUGGGUUGAAAUCUUCUAUGGUUCAACAAAAUAUGAGCAGGGUGAAUUUAGCCAUGUAGUUGGUUCCGAUAACAUUAUUGAACACGAAAACUAUGAUAUGGCUACGACUCACGUAAAUGAUAUUGCCCUCAUUCGCACACCUCGUGUGGAGUACUCGGAGUUGGUUAAUAAAGUGUCGCUUGCCGAUCGCGAUAAUGACUACGUAGGAGCGUGGGCCAUAGCCAGUGGCUGGGGCAAAAAUGAAUAUGGUAGAAAACAGGAAAAUCUACAGUUUAUCGACUUGCAGAUUCACAGCAAAAUGAACUGCUGGAAUUACAUUUAUAAACCAUCGGACACAAUCAUCUGCGUCGGUCCAUUUGUCGGUGAAGGCGACUCUGGGGGUCCAUUGGUCACACGCGAUGAUCCCAAACUCGUUGGUGUAACCUCUUUUCUAGAUCCAGGUCGACUAAGUGGCUUUAGUCGAGUUAGCAGUUAUCUGGACUGGAUUCGUAAACACACUGGCCUACAAUAAAUCAAGAUGUACAAUGCACUAAAUCCUGUAUAAAACGAUGAAUAAAUGUUGUAAUAAAAUUAAAUCGCAAUGUAUGUUGAUAAAGAGCAAAAGUAUGUGGUCAUUAUUUCAUUCAAAA